UGAGAUUUUUCAACGGUCCCUUGUUUUUGUUUUCUUUUUCUUGGAUUGAACAAAGAUCCUGAUUUGGAAUCAUGUUUAGAGAUUUCUAAUUAAAUUAAGUGUUUUAUUUAAGUUAAUUGUGAUAAAGAAACAUUUUCUGCUUCUUCCUGGUUUUCCGAAGUGAUGAACAAUAAUAUUGGUUUGUCCUCAUCAUCAGCGUCCGGCUCAGAUUCUUUGAUCUCAUCUUCUCUUGUCACUUCUAUUAACCAAAUACCAAGUGAACUGUUGUCUGACAAGAGCCUGUUUGACAGUAUAAUUGGUGAUAAUGAUCUGUGGUCAAUGGUCGAUGAUUACAAGAAACGUGAAAUUCUUGAUAAAUUUUUACCUAAAUCUUUUGAUGUCCAUGAAAAAGAGGACACCGUUCGUUUAUUGUUUAAUGGUCAGUUGAAAAGGUUUGAUGACAAUCCAAUGGAUGAUAUUUAUUAUCAACUCAAACUUCAACGUACAUCUCCGGAUCUCUUAAAAACUUAUGAAGAAGUCAAUCAACUUAAAAGGCGAGCUUAUCUAAUUCAAGAACAAAAAUACCAAUGUAAAUUGUUGACAGAAAUUUUAACAAAAAGACGGAUACUCUUCGAAGCAGCCGCUAAUUCAUCGCCCUAUGGUAUCAAUUCAGUAACAUAUCAGAAAGCCAAAAGUAAACUAGUUCCCAAAAAUGGAAACCUCGGUCUACAUAAGAGAAGAAAAUUACUUCUUAGAUCACAUAAAGUCAAGGAAAGGUACAAAAUGGAGAUUAAAAAAUUGUUCCCCGAAGAUGAAUACAAUACUACAGACGAUGAUAGUGACCUGGAAUUAGAUGUUAAACCUUUGCGUACAGAAUCUUCCCAUGAAGACUCAAUUAGUCUGAUUGGUUCUCGUAGUAGAGCAAAUAUUGAUAUGAUGUCCUCUUCUCGAGAUGAAUACUUGAGUAUGAUGAAGAAAUUCAGAAGAAAAAGAAAUGAUGGAACUGAUGAUCCAACCAUGGAUUUCAGCAAUAUAACAUUGAAAGAUAUUAUUUCUCGGGUCGCCAAUGAUUCUGGCGAUGAAAUUUAUGAGAAAAUUUUAUUCUUUAAAAAUAAAAAAGUACAUCCCAACUCUUCACCAUUAAACUCAAUCAAUAGAAAGAAAUCUAAACCUUCACCAUCAACUGCGACCACUUCAUCGACAUCAAUUGUUGCAUCCAAUUCAUCUCAAACAUCAUUAAGUUCAUCCCAAUUAUUUUCGCACAAUUGUGGAAAUGUUUCACCACCAAAGAAGAGUCAAAGCACAACAACACUUCUCAACACUAAUUUCAUUAAACGAGAACCAUUGGACAUUUUCGAUUUUGACAAUGAUUCGCCUCCUCAUUCGUUUCCCUUGCCUCCUCUUUCUCUCUCAUCGACGACAUCUAAUCCAACCCCUGCUACAUCAUUUUCGUCUCUCAUCUCAAGGCCUCACUCACCGCACUUUAGUUCAUCGCUUCCUAAUGUAGCCUCAUCAUCAACCCCUGGAACCUUCGUUGACUUUUCACCUUCAUCCUCGGCAUCAACAAUUGUAUCAAACACAAUCUCUAUUAAUGUUACAACUCCAAUUUCAACAAUAACUACAACAACUUCUAAUCCUCUAGCAAUCGCAACAUUAACCCAAUCAUCGACUACAACCCCAUCCAUCCAGCCAACGAUCGCUUCUUUUGUGCAACCCAAAACAUCACUACCCCAUCAGACUCAACAACCAUCACCUCAACCACAACAAUUAAUGGUUAAAACGGAUCAAACAAUUAUUGAUCCUGAAAUAGCAACACAACCACAAUCUCUCUGUGAAAAUCCUCCAUCUUCAUUCUUUUCACUUAUACGUGAUAUUUUCUACAUGAGCUCUUCAACAGAUCGUAAAUUAACAUUACACAAAUUAGAAGAAUUAGUCAAGGAAAAGCUGAGAACAAUCGAUCAAAGCAAAGUUAAUUGGAGCUAUGAAAUGGUUCAAUCAGCGAUGAAUUAUCUGAGUGAAGUUUUUCCUCCUCCUGACAUGAUUCCAUUGGUUGAUUAUAAAGAGAAGAAUCAAUUAUGGCAAUGGAUUGGCGUUAAUAGAGAUACAGAUGAUAUUUUAAUCGCUCUAUGUAAUGAUUGGCUCGAGGAAAAGGAUAAAAAGAGAACAACCAGUUUAAUGGAUCCUUCUCAACCUAUUCCACCGGCUAUUUGUCCGACAACAUGGACAGUAAGAUGUUCAUCUGAUGAGGAAAAACAAUGUUAUCGUGAUCAAGAAGCUUUAAGAUAUAAGAAACCUCAUAAAGCUUUCACAUUCACGAUCCAUGGUUAUACUAGUGUCGUUGGACCAGUCAAAGGUUGUGGGGUCGGAGGAACUGCACCUCACGCUGCUAGUCCCAAUAAAGCGCGUGAACAUUCAUUAUUAACGAAAGAUAGACCUCCUUUUGUUACACUUCUAAGUCUAGUUAGAGAUGCUGCAGCUCGACUGCCCAAUGGUGAAGGUACUCGAGCCGAUAUUUGUGAACUGUUGAAAGACUCUCAAUAUUUAUUGCCUACUGUUUCCGAGCAGCAAGUUAAUGCAAUUGUUAGUGGAGCUUUGGAUAGGUUACAUUAUGAGAAAGAUCCAUGUGUUAAAUAUGAUGUUAAUCGUAAAGUUUGGAUUUAUCUUCACCGAAAUCGAACUGAAGAGGAGUUCGAGCGACUUCAUGAAGUUCAAGUAGCUGCAGCAAAAGCGAAAAGAAUUUUAAAUAAAACUCAAAGGAAAUCUUGUUCAUCUUCACCUUCUCCUUCAUCAAUAACACAAACUCCUUCCAUUUCAACUACAAGAAACUUUUCUAGAAUUAAUAAUGUCACAAAUGUCACAAAUCUAUCAGGUAAACCACAGCUCAGUGCCAAAGCAAACAAAUCCGCCCUUGGUUCAGUACCCAAAACUGGUGAAUCUCAAUUUGAAACAAACUCAUCAAAUAUUUUAAACACAACAUCACCUCAACAAUCAACAUUAUCACAACAACCUCAACAGCAAACAACUCAACUGUCAUCUACAUUAGCACCAACCAUACCAUUAUUAACACCAGUCUCAGUAUCGUCGAUAUCAACCCAAACCUCGAUACCGACGCUGACAUCGACUUGUGUAUCAACUUUAGCUCCAACUUUAACAUCGGUACCUGUGCAAACAUCAACAUCAACUCCAACGUUUUCAUUUGUCACUUCGAGCAAUCAACAAUCAAUCUCAUUCCUAUCUAAUAAUGCUCCUGUUAAAGCUUCAAUCGCCGCUCCAUCAACAUCGACAUCAAUCAGUUCGAGCAAUUUCAAUUCUAUUAUUCCAGGUUUAACUCUUGCAACAACUCCUUCAUCAUCUUCAUCAGGCAUCACACUUAAUUCAAGUUCGAUUUCUACUCUUACAACCACCGCUUCCAUCACACUCUCUUUUUCAUCUACUAUAAGUACCACAACCACAAAUACUUUACCAAAUAUCAAUCUGAGCUCUUCUAGUUUACAACGUCUUUCAAUUGCCUCACCAGCUUUUAAGAAAAAAACUCAUAGACUUAAGGUGGUUAAGAAAGAGCCGGACUCUGGUGAUUUAGGAUUAACUUCAUCUAAUCUUUCUGGUAAACCAAUUGGUUAUUCUGGUGGAACCAUGACCAUCGCCCCGAUGCCAACGUCAAAUCAAAUUUUACCUGGUUUUGAGAAGAUUGUCCCAAAUCAAACUGCAUUAAUUUCAACAAGAUUGGAAUCAUUUACAUCACUAAUUUCUGGAGAGAAAGGAUCUCAGGUUAAACAGAUUCGACCAGCAAAAUCUGUCAAUUCAACGAUGAAAGUGACUCCAAUAGUGACUUCAUCUGUUGCAAAUACUGGAAAAAAUAUCGAUAAUGUUCAACAUUUUCUCAGUUUAACAACCAAAGCUACAAGUAACCUUCCCAGUAAUAUAACUAUUACUUCAUCAACAACCAAACCAAUUGCUCCUAAAUUAGGAUCGACUCAUCUAGAGACCCAACAAAUUAUUCUUCCCUCUGCCCCUGGUCAAACCCUUUUCGGCAAAUCGAUUUUAAAUUCAUUUGAAACUAAACAACCAGUCACCCAAAUAAUACAAUCUUCGAGUCAAAAACAAGCCGCUUCAACUGUUCAACAUCAAAUAUUGAAACCUAUUCUUCCUGCUCCAAUUCAAGCUAUUCAGUCACACUCUCAACAGCAGACAAAUCAACUGUCAUCUACAUCGACACCAACCAUACCAUUAUUGACACCAGUCUCAGUAUCGUCGAUAUCAACCCAAACCUCGAUACCGACGCUGACAUCGACUUGUGUAUCAACUUUAGCUCCAAUUUUAACGGCGGUGCCUGUGCAAACAUUAACAUCCAAUCCAACAUUUUCAUUUGUCACUUCGAGCAAUCAACAAUCAAUCUCAUUCCUAUCUAAUAAUGCUCCUGUUAAAGUUUACUUUAUCUCUAAAUCAUGUGUACGAAAAUGAGAAAAACAAAAACAUCACUCGAGAAUCAGAAUCCUAAUAACUUAGACUCAAUUGGUAAAAUUGUAAAAAACAAACGACUACCUUAAAGAAAAGACGAAAUUAUUAACAAUAUAUAUUGUUUGAAAAA